CAGGGAUCUCAAUCGAGUCGUGAUCGACCUGGGAUGGGGAGCAUGGCGCAAUCGUCCGUGUUUUGCCUACCUGUCCGGACAGUCGGGCAGCAGGAUCGAGGGAUCACUACGGUACAUACACGACGCGAUCGUUGUAUGGAUAUCUUGAGCCAAGAGAGCCGGUCCAGAGCUCCUGUGCAGCUGUGCUUCGCCAGCCAACAAGUUAACACCAGUAUCUUCCCAGUAGUUUUCCGAAACAAGACCAUGCUGGAUCGUGCGUGUCUCGGAAGACUCUUGCACAAGUCUAUGCUGCUGAAUCCGACUACUGACAACCUCCCUCCCCCUGAUUAGUCGUCUAUCGUCCUUUCGAUCUCGACUUUCAAUACAGUAACAUCGGGUCCUGCCAAGGUUUACGAUAAGUUCUUCCCGAAACAGUUGGGCGCAGAUCUCGCCCUUCUGCCUUUUCCCAUCCGAGGCCAAUGGUUUUAGCAUUGCGAUAUAUGCAGAGCAGUCCCUUCAAGUGGGAUACGGCGGCACUAUUUCACAUUUCACUGUACAAUUUCGACGGGAUCCUCUCCCUUACCCCUCCAUAUUAAUCCGGGGCAAACUCCUAUUCUGUCACUCACGGUCGCAAAACUCUCCCCAUAAACGGCGAGUACUCGUCACCGUGGCAGGAAAUGAAGGUGCCGGACUGGUGGUGUUUAUCACUCUGCCGCGCUGCACUUCCUUUCACGCGAUAGGUUGCUAGCUAAGCUCCGCACAAGCCUUUCGGCUUGUCGAGGGCAUCGCAUUCUUUGAAUCAAGGGCGAUCGAAGUUGGCCUAUGGGGUUGGACAUCGGCAAGCGCCGGCGUCUGAGCACGGAUGCCGCUCAAAUACUGGAACGAGCCGUGCUGCAGAGGCCUAGGGACGACCGUGUCUGUCCUCUAGAUCUUUUCGACGAUGCGCAGCGCCACGCCAACUUGGAGCCGUACGAUUCAUACCUACGAGACGGAGACGAUGGAUGUGGAGGGUACAGUAUCAUCCGUUAUGUCAGCGCUGCGGUAGUCGAACAGCAACAAGUUUGUUCGGGGACGCCUAGUACUUGUGGCAGCAUUCGCCUUACAAGCGUUCUGAUCGUAUCCAGUGCAUGGCUGAUUUUGUCUCAGUGAGGGGCGGUCUUAGCGAGUGAGUCUAUCCUUGUUCUCAUUCAGAAUAAUAGCGAGCUACUAGCUCUAGUUGUUCACGACAAGGAAGGAGUGUACGCGCACGCACAUCUUAACACCAUAAUGAU